CCUUUACACUAUUGCUUUAGCCUUUACACUAUUGCCUACACCAUGGAGAUAAUAACAGCAUCCAUGACCCAGCUCAAAUCAACACUCAACAAGUUGAUCCCCUUUAGCUCCUUUGUUAGUUCUCUUCCACCUUCUUUACCUGUUGCGCCUCCUCUUCUUGGUCAAAACUCUUUGCAGAUCCCUCUCCCCGAUUGCUACUACUUCAGUAUCUUCCUCAUCUUUGGAUGCAGUCUCUACUUCCUCUUGCUUUUACCACUUCCGCGCUUACAGAAGCAAUGUAUCGCUGCUCCAUUACUCCUUGGCUUAUUUACAGCUCCGAUUUUCUUCACCACUCUCCAUUCACCAGGUUCCCAGCUCCUCCAUGACACUGCCUGUGCUUGCGUACUAAUGCGCAUGGUCGACUUGUACUAUGUCCGUCCUUGGAGGACAGGAAAAGAGCCAACUCUCAAUUUUGAUGAUUGGUGGGUUGAGGUCUGGCAGCCCUUCCGCAAGGUCCCUUUGAAUAAAGAGCAGCUUCAGCGGCAUGAGCUCGAGCUACAGCAGACUCACCUUCGCGGUGAGUUGGACAAGAUCUCAAAAUCAACCAAGGAUACAGCAUCAGGAUUUGACAGAUCUAAUCAAGGAUUACCAUCACCAUCUACCAUCAACAACAAUGGCAGCAGUAACGGCAGUAACAGUGUUAGCCUUUCUAGUGACAUUAGUAAAACUGAGCUAAACAAGGGAAAGAUCGUCAAACAUGUUUACAUUCCACCUACGGAUCCCAACCCCCAACACUGGAGCGCUUAUCUCCCACGUGUUUUGCUCUAUGUAACUGUGCUAGAUUGCAUUCUAUUCUACUGCAGCUUCCUAACAUAUGAGGAUAUUCAGGGCUUCUCCCUCACCGGGCGAAUGCUGUUCGAUUCUUUUCUGGCCGUAGGGGUGCUUUUCGGUAUUACAUUGGCUUGGUACAUCAUCAUGAUUCUUUGGGCGGUCACCACCGGAAAUUUGAUUCAUGAUACAGAAUGGACAUUGGUUCGACACCAAUUUCCAGGAUUUGCCACAUCCCCUGCCGAGUUUUGGCGACGAUGGCACCAUAUUUUUAAAAGAAUCUGGGUCGACCUAGGCUUCAAGCCUGUGCACCAUCUCCUUCAAAAAUACCUGACCCCAAGAAUAUCAUCCAUGAACAAAUCGUUGGCUAUGCAACUAGAGCGAGCGUUACCUGUCAUGGCUGUUUUCUUGAUGUCAGGACUGAUGCACGAGAUGUUUUUUUUCUCUCUGUAUCAUAUUAGUCCUGGCUCUAUGACAGUCUUCUUUUUGAUUCAAGGUGCUGGAACCAUUGUCUCCGACAUGUUGAGCAACACAGUCGGACGAAAAGUGUCAGUUCCACCUGUAAUUCUUAUUGGGUUGACUCUGGCGUUCAAUCUUUCCACGGCAAGUCUUUUCUCGGAGCCAGCUAUCAAGGUUAAUGGACACAAUACGUUUGCCAAACAGAGUUUGUUGGUACAUGGAUAUAAUUACUUGCGCUCGAAUGGUGUCUUUUGAUUUAGUCAAAAGAUUAUAAAUGCUCUCUCUAAUAGGAAAUGAAAUCAUGAAAUUUAGCUUGCAGUCACUAGCGCGUCUUUUUCAAAAAUAAACAAAACUGUUUUGCUGCCA